UGUAGCCUCUUGGAGACACAAGUGACUGCAAAGCCUGGAAUCUGAAGUAACGAUCUGCUGAUGGAACCCCAGCAGGUUACCUGCAGUGGAUCGCAUCUCCCUGUGACACCUUUGCAUCCAAAAACCGGUCGGACAGGUCCGACAGCUGCAGAAUUUCUCGGCCCAAUUCCGAUUCGGGGCGUGGGACUGACUCGAGAAAUCUACCCAGGGAGAGAGAGAGAGAGAUAGGGAAGUGCUUCUGCUCCGCUCCAGCGGUCUUUCCGGAUCCGUCCCCACUGCGGCGAGUGGGAAGUUGAUUUGAGGCACGGGAGAAGCCCAGGAGACGUGUGCGUGCGGUGAAAAUUCAGGGAGAUGUGUGGGAAGCUGCCUUCCUUCGUGGAGAUCGUCGUGGCUCUCCACCAGGUCGCAGGCGCUUUCUUUGAUACUGGUCUGCUGAUGAUAGCUCAACAGCGUUGCAACACCACAGCAGCCGGAAGCAAGCAAAAAUGCAUCUCCCAGUUUUACAUGUACAACAACCUUCUGCUAGGAAUUACCCCCCUGCUCUUCACCUUCACCCUGGCCAAACUGGGAGAUCAGAAAUCCAGAAAGAUCACCAUCGGUGUGCCCCUCCUGGGCUACCUGAUCUCCAGGUCUCUGCUGCUCUGCGUGACCCUGUUCCAUCUGGCCUUGGAGGUGAUACUCUGCACUGCACUGGUCAAUGGCCUGAGCGGGGGUUUCACUUCUUUCUGGACCGGAGUCAUGGCCCUGGCCUCAGACACUUCCCCUGCGGAGGACAGGUCUGUCAGGUUUAUUAGAAUCGAGCUGACCUAUGGCCUGGCAGGGUUGAUUGGAAGCAUCGCGUCUGGACACAUCUUCGUUCACUUCACCCUUUCCCAUUACCAGGGGGCGGUACUGGCAGGCUGUAGCUGCGCCCUUUAUAUGUUGAGCUUCCUUUACUGCAUCCUGGGGUUGAAAGUGCCAUCCAGACAAACGCAAACUGCAUCUGCAGGGAGCGAGCAGGUCGGAAGCAAGACACCUCUUGAAAGUGACAGGCUGCUGGAUCAGGCUAGGCGAGGCCACGUCUCUGAAACCGCUGCUGCGGUCGAGGUUAAGCAACAAAACACAAUCACGAAAGGAAGUCCAACUGAAGCAUCCGGGCUACUGGAUAGAACUGCGAGAGCUCAAGACGAACCUGGUGGCUGCACACCAGUGAAUAUCACAGUUAUUUUGCUGUUUACAGGUGGGGUUUUAUACGAUCUAAGCGUGACAGGUGGAGUGGAUGUAAUUCCCAUGUUUGUACUGAAAGAGCCAUUGAAUUGGAAUGCUGUCUGGGUUGGCUAUGGCAAUGCAGCAGGAUACACCAUCUUCCUGACCAGCUACCUAGGAGUCAAAGUUCUUUCCCGAUAUUUGAAGGACACUUCCUUGAUAGUGAUUGGAAUAGUAUCAUUUUCCACUGGGAUGCUGAUCAUGGCCUUUGUGAAGUGGACUUAUCUAUUUUUUAUUGCUCGAGCAGUGAUGAUGUUUGCCCUUAUUCCUCUCCCAACGAUACGGUCAGUGAUUUCAAAGCAGAUAAAAGACACUUCAUAUGGGAAAGUGUUUGGCGUGCUUCAGAUUCUCCUAACAUUGACUGGAGUCAUUGCCUCAACAAUCUUCGUUCAGAUUUACAUAUCGACAAAAGACUGGUACCCAAGCCUCUGUUUCAGCUUGUCUUCAAUCAUCAGUUGCUUAAGUAUCAUUCCCAUAAUCCUUGUGGAACGCAGAUUAUCUGAACCAUCCAGAUACUCCAGAAUUCCAGAAGACUAAUGCGAAACCAAGAGCUAAAACAGAUGGACAGCUCUAAACUAAUCAAAGAAUUACUGGCUGCUUUCCCAAAACAUCUGUGUGUCUUGUCAGGAAGUCUCACUUACUUCCAAUUACAACCCUAAUUUCAAUUCACACCAACAUCCAUUAUCCCACUCAACUGACAUCUCCAAGAUCGUAGAAGGAAUCAUCUUCACUGUUAUUGAUCUUUCAAACUAAUUUCCAGGCAGUCUACAAUACUGGUAUUACGUUGAACAAAACAUCACAUUAGCCUACAACCUGACACUUUUUGACAUGAUUGCAUUCACAUCAUCCCCUUCUGCUGUUCGGCACCUCAUUUGGAUUGUUCAUAAGUGGUUAUAAUCUCAUUACACUCUGGUUCCCACACCCAAAUAGAUUUCUCUUAAGGAUAUAUUCAGAGUGCUCUCAGCAAUGAAAGAUGGUGUGAAAACAGUCAGCCUUUUGUUUUUCUAAAGUUUUAAAUUUCAACCAGGUGAGCUUACAUGCCAUUUCUUAGUGACCAUCAUUAUUACUUGCACCUUUCGUAGCACUAUCCUCCUCUGUUACCAAACAUUACUAGUACUUAGACAAUGUUUGUUCCAAACUUUUACCAGUCACCAGCUAAAAAUUCAGACAUACAAAUGACCACUUCAAAUAUCCCUCAAUUUAAUUAAAUCCCACUUAUCCAUUACCACCAUACUUGAAAAAGGCAUUCUUAAUCAACUCUGUUGUCAAGACAGCUCCAAUCCCAACUCAAAGCAGGCCAACUUUAGGUGUUAAACCACAUUGGAAACUCCUCCACAUUAGAUUUUAACAUGGAGGAGUUAAUAUUUACGAAAUUAGGAACAGAUAGGAAUUGUCCAUUAAGCAUCUAUUACAAUUCAAUCAUGGCUGAACUGUAUAGGGCAAUAAGACUGAAAAGUUUUCAGGAAUGAUAUGCCUGCAUUAUAGCGGGUGAAGGUCAAUCUACUUUGUCAAUUUUGGAGCAGGGCCACAUUGAAUGUGAAGAGAAUGAUGCAUAUGUAACAUUCUGCCAGGGUGGUUGAAUUAUUGCACAGAAAUUCAAAAGCCUGAAUUAAUGACAUGAUGAAAGUUCAAGUGACACUACUGCAUGUGAGGGAAAUUAAACCCAUUCAUUUAAAUCUAGAGCUAGUAUCAGGUAUGGUGACUAAAAAUGUUGGAUUACUAUACAAACCCAUCUAAAUGCUUCAGGGAAGAAAAUCUACAUUUAACCAGUCAGGCUAGGUAUCAUUCCAGACCUACAGCAGUGGAAGUCAAAUCUCAGCUGCAUUCUGAAAUAACCUAGCAAGGGAUUAAUUUCAAGGGCAAUUAAAGUCCUUACCAAUAAAUCUUCCAUAAGCAAAUAAGAAGUCACAUUUCAAAUCCUUGUGAAUUAAAAAUCAGAAAACAGUACCAUGCUGCUUUUAAAUACAUUAAAUUUUAUUAGUCAAAGUAUUUAAAAUCAAUUGAGGUAAAAGAGAUGCAAUAUCAAAAUUAUACAAUCCAUACAAUUUAACCUUGAUCACUUAAAUGAAGUUUAUACAGCACACAUUUUCGCACAAAUCCCAUUGCUAACCAAUGUACACUGAGGAUCAAAUGACCUAUGAUGCAAUAUAGGCAAAUUGUGCACUUAGCCAAGCCUGCAUAUGUGUUAAAAGCUUUUUAUUGCAGAUGAACAUACACCACAGCCACACAUCAAGAGUGAAUGAUCUGCAGAGAUUUCAAAUUUACAUUAAAACUAAAUUACCAAUUACAAAAAGGUGGCAGUAUUUUGCAACUUUGAAUUGCCAAUUUUUAAAAAGGAACAUUUAGAAAAAUUUCCAAAAGCAUAAUAUUGUAUUUGACAUUUGCAGAUAUAGAAAAUGUUCUUUCUGCGAUCAUUACCUCCUCAGUGGAAAUAAAGCCUACUUUAGAAAUAUAAAUCACUAAUUUCUACUGGUCACUGCAAAAAGUUUUGCCAAAUCUUCAAUGUUUCCUUUAAUUAUUUCAACUAAAUUUUUCCUCAACUAAUAUACUGCUGCUUUGUGCUGAGAGCAGCCAAACUGAAUAUGCAUUAAGCAAGCACAAGUGAAAAAGAUAGUCAUCAGCCAGUAGCAACUCAAACAAAAGAGGAGCAAUCCGACUGGUCAGUUGGACCAUUCAACAGGAUCCUGGCAGAUCUGAUCUUUGGCUUUAACUGCACUUUGAGAGAUUUCCAUAGACUGGAACUCUUCCUACAUUUUAAAUCAACUUGAAAAUGCACAGUGAUCUAGCAUCCACAACCCUCUAAAAAGGUCAUGAAUUCCUAACAAAAUUGAAGAAAAUUUCUCCUCUUAGUGGCCAACCCCUAAUCCUGAGACUACGUCUUUCUCUGCCACCCACCACUCCCACCCCCCCCCCCCCCCCCAAAUUCCAGACUCCAACAGCAUUGACCCUUUUGGCAACUCAAUUUUGUGUUUUCAAUGAGAUUUAUUAUUUACCCAAGUUCGAGAUUUAGGCCCUUCUGCUUAAUCUUUCCUUAUAAAAAUAACCCUCAUUUAUUGAACUUUCACUGCAUCACCUCCAGACUAAAUAGAGGAAAAUUCCAAUAACCAGCUUCCUGGGGAUGUUAGUGGUACCAGAUUAGCACAUUUCCAGACAAUUGGCUGUUACUCAUAACAUUUUUGUUUCACUUUUUUUCUGAAAAACAUGUUAUACAGUAGUAUAACAAUUCCAGUGAGUGGGAAACUGCUCCAGUGAGUUUAAACAGGAUCACAGGAAAAAGAACCCAGCAAAUUUCUGGUUGCAAGCUUCAACUACUCCAGGCCCUCCACACCUCGUGUUCCUGAUCCCAACUCCACACCUGGCCUACACUUCCAGUUAUACACAGCUGACCUUGCUAGUACACCAAUAACAAGUCCACAAGUAACAUGAACUUAGCACGUUAAUGAGUGAACCAGAUGCUGAAACAUCAAAAAAAUGGAUCAUUGCCCUCCCUUAAAUAAGCAGACCAAAACUAUAUGCAGUGCUCUUGAUAGGACCUCAAAGCCCUGUACAGUUGUAGCUAAACUUACUUGUAUUCUGUGCUCCUUGCAAUAAAGGUCAACAUUUCAUUUGCCUUCCUAAUUUGAUGUACCUGCAUGCUAAGUCUCAUGCUAUUUCAAUUAAAUUUUGCUUUUCUAUUCUGCCAAAGUCAAAGACCUCAUUUCCCCACAUUGCAUUCAUCUUCCAUUUUAAUGACUCAGUUAAUAGCUUUGCACUCCACCUUCAACUUUCCUACCCAUCUUUGUAUUAAGUUUACACUGCUCGAGUUUUUAAUGUACCUGACAGACAGCAGAGUCCUUGGCACUGAUCUGCAAGGCAUCCUACUAAUAGUAAUUUUGAAAAUUACCCAUUUAUUCAUAUCCUUUGUUCAUGUUAUCACCAUCAACUGACUUAUCACCAUGCACACUGACUUUAUAUGGAAAAACAAAAAAUGCACUUUGGAAAUACUGCAAUACUGUAUCCACAAGCUUCCUUAAUCUACCCUGCCGGCUUUAAUAAAUCUGUUAAACACCAUUUCCUCAUCAUAACACCAGGGUUGAAAAGUGGGGAUGCAUCAUUUACAUGAACAGUUCCAUGUUAAGGAUGUUACAAAUGGCCUUAUUAUUAUGGUUUAGUUGACAUGUGUGCAGUGUCAGGCACCAUUCUGGAAACUUGAACACAAAAAACAUCUAGGCCAGUUUCCCCCAACCUUGGUAAGUUGGGCACACUCAGCAACAAAAAAAAAUUCCCAAAUCCACAAAGUCUUAGAGGUUCACAAAAAAACUUGGCACAUUAGUUACCCCCAGCACUUUUGCCUGCAUUCUCAAGGACAGCCUCAACUUCCUAAAAGCAGUAACCCACAGUUUACAAAUGCAAACAAGCAAGGCAAUUUAAAGUUGGGGACCACUGAUCUAGGUUAAUGGACUUUACUUUCAGUUAUCAAAUUGGUACCUCUUCCUCCAGGUGCUCUGGUUUCCUCCCACAUUCAAAAGACCUGUGUGGGCAUGCUAUGUUGGUGCCAGAAGCCAACAUAACAUGCCCACAACUUCCUAACACAUACGUGCUGUCCCCAGAACACUCUACACAAAAGAUGCAUUUCACUGUUUCGAUGUACAUGUGACUAGUAAGGAUAUUUUAAAGUAGUAUUGGGAGUUAUCUUUGGUUUUCUGGCCAAGGUAGAACAUUCCUCCAUCAAAUUUACUAAAAAUAGAUAUGUUCAACUGUCUGUAGAAGCUGGUUAUGCUGCAUUGUCUACACUGCAGAUGUAUUUCAUGAUCUGCAAAGCUCUUUGGGUCAUAAAGUUAUGAAUGCUGCCAUAGAAACAAGUCUUUCCUGCUUAACAAUGUGGAAGUUCAAAGUCCAGAAUCUAUUUAUGAAUGAACAAUUAACUAUUUGAGAUACCUUUCCAAAAAUCUACUAUAAAUUUGACUAGCUCUGUUGAAUUUUGAUAGCAACCUAUCUGCACAAAAUAGAAAGGAUGCAACCAGAAUUUUUCCAGUUCAACAAAAUUCUGCUUGAAAACUUAGAAUGGGAUAAAGUCAGAUACCUUGCACUAAACCAAGUACCUUAAACUCCAAUAUCAAAACAGCAAUAUUUGGUUCCUCCAAAGUAGUUUUGUGCCUCUUAAACUAGUCUCAAUUCCAUUCCUCUGGUCAGCUCAACUUCCUCACAUUUGCUGGAUUCCAGGUUAACAAGCAAAAUAUUCAACUACAACUUUUGGAACUUCCAAGUUUAAAGAAAGAUUGGUUCUAGUAAUCAAAGCAAGUUUUAUUGGAACUUAGAUACAUGAGAAUUUAGGAAAAACUUGUUAGGGAACUGACUUCACAUCUAUGUGAGAUAGCCACCCCACAGCCAAAAAAGGAAAAUCACUGCAGGCAUCCACCACCUUAUUCACUGGGGAGGUAUGGCUUGCCAAAGCUCCAAAACAAAAAAAGUGCUUGGACUUUCACAAGUUUCCAGAUUAUAUUGAUAGUUUAGUAAAGACAUGAGACUGCAGAUGCUGGAAUCUGGAGCAACAAUCUGGAGGAACUCAGGUCAUACAGCAGCCAUAGAAGGAAAGGAAUUGUCGAUGUUUGCAUGGUUUCAACCCAAAAUGUCAACAAUUCCUUUCCUCCCACAGAAGCUGCAUGACCCACUGAGUUCCUCCAGCAGAUUGUUUGUUGCUCUGACAGCUUAGUGUUACUGCUACUUUUCUACACACUUCAAUACUCUCAUUCACCAAUCAUUUUUUUUAAACAUGGAGGAUAAGAUAGCUUUAUUUCAUCAUGAAGUAUACUGAUGAGACUUUAGAUGGUGCUAAACAUUACCCAAAAAUCACACAAUUGUAUCUGCCAGACAGCAAGAAACAGACUUAUUGUCCACUGCUUACAUAGACAUUUUGCCAAACAGACUCAACCUAGUUACCCAAAAAUAAAUUUGAU